AUGUGCCGGUUCCUUGUCUACAAGGGCAAGGACGAGAUCCUGCUGUCGAAGCUGAUUCUCGAUCCCACCCAUUCCAUUCUUACCCAAUCCUACGACUCGCGCCUCCGUUUGGAUACGCGCCGGCCGCACAAUGGCGACGGCUUCGGCGUUGGCUACUACACCUCUCCCGACCUCGGCCCUGAGCCCUGCAUCUUCACCUCAACGAUUCCCGCCUGGAACUGUAUCAACCUCGAGCGCCUCGCUUCCAAGACCACCUCGAACCUGAUCUUCGCCCAUGUGCGCGCCACCACCGAGGGCAACCUGUCGGACAGCAACUGCCACCCCUUCCGGUACAAGAGCUUGAUGUGGAUGCACAAUGGUGGCGUGGGCGCUUGGAAGCAUGUCAAGAGGAGGCUGGCUUCGUCGCUGGGCGACCAGUGGUUCAACUUCGUGCAGGGUUCGACUGAUAGCGAAUGGUGCUUCGCGCUCUUCUUGGACUGCAUGGACCGCAUGGGACACUCGCCAGAUGCGGAGGUUGGAGAGAAUGGCUUCGGACACACGGUGUUGAGGAAGGCUAUGCUGAAGACGAUUGAGAGGAUCAACGCGCUCAUGAAGGAGGUUCCCGUAGAUGUGAAGGAGGAGGACAAGCGGAGUCUGCUCAACUUUGCGGUCACUGAUGGUAAUAGCGUCGUGUGCACGCGCUAUGUCAGCAGUAAGACCGACGAAGCGGCCAGUCUCUUUUUCUCGUCUGGCACGAGCUGGAAAGAGCAAAAGAACAGCAACAUCGACGCCGACAAAAAGGACUACAAGAUGGAGCGGAAGGACAAGGGCGCCGACAUCGUCCUCGUUGCGAGCGAACCGUUGACGUUUGAGCGCGACAAUUGGGUCACGGUGCCCACCAAUUCGACCGUCACUAUCCACAAGCAGACGGUCAUGAUCCACCCGAUUAUGGAUGAAUACUACAUCCAGGACCCAGCACACAAGCGGUCGUCCCAAUUUGCAGUGCAGAAGGGCCAGACAAUCACUGGCCCGGACAAGACGGCCAUUUCUCAGCCGAUGUCACGAGAGGGAUCGGGACUGAGGACGCCAACGGCUGCGUUUGCAUGCGGGUGA